CCGAUCCAUUUUGCAUCGAUAAGCCCCGCCCACCUUAGUGACGUCUUAGCUACGCUUCCGGGUCGGACAUUCCAUAGUAAACAUGGCGGGUGAAAUCAACUUAGAUUUCAUCCCGUCGGACAUUUCACUCGAUUAUUUUAAAAAUAUUGUAUUGUCAAAACGUUCUAAAGAAAGGGGUUAUAAUUUCUUUAUCAAUGGCUACAUAAAUGCGUUGAAACUUUUCAAAUCUAAUGACACUUCAGUAGAUAUAUCCGCAAAAUGCUUUCGCUCAAUGCGUAAAAGUGAAGCCCCGCACAAGAUCAACAUGACGAUUACAACUUCGGCAAUCACAGAGAGUCUCUGUACCUGUAAGGCUGGAAUAAGUGGUACUUGUUCCCGUGCAGUUGGUGUACUGUACACCAUUGUACAUUAUAAAAACAUGGGCUUGACAGAAGUGCCAUCUGCAUUGGCGUGCACUAGUCUGCCACAGCAGUGGCACAAACCUAGAGGUCCAAAGAUACUUCCUGAGCCUGUGUCAGCUAUGGUAUUUGCCAAACCAAAACAAACACCCCGUAAAAAGAGGCCAGUCCAUAGCACCAUGCCCAAGAUGAGCAUUCCAAGCAUUGACUUUAAAGAAAUAAAGAAACUGAAGACAGAUCCUUCUGCUGAGGGCACACCCCUGUCAUACUUACUACAGGAAGAACUUCAUCUUACACAGACACCUCUGGGUGAUGUACAGCAGGGAUCAAUGCUCCCAUAUCAGUUGAAAAACUACAAGACCAUUCCGUCCAUUGAAAAUGGGACUUGUGGAAAUACUGUUUUCCCAUUGGACAGUGAGGUUCCAUUUGAAAUAAACACAAAAUUUAAAGAACUUAAUCAACUUUACAACACAACACAAGAGGAAGCUGUAAGGAUAGAAAGGUCAACUGUCCAUCAGUCAAAGAAUGAGGUUUGGUUUGCAGAUAGAAAGACGCGUGUGACUGCAUCCCAAUUCCAUAAAAUAUGCAAGAGGAAAAAAGAUAUAACGGACAGUUUUGUUUGCAAUAUAUUUAAUCAGAAAUCUUUCAGUUCAGAAGCUACCUCUUAUGGGAAAUGUCAUGAAAAUGUUGCCAAACAAAAAUUAAUGGAGAGGCAUCAAAAUAUUCACAUUCACGACUGUGGGUUAGUUAUAAAUCCUUUGUUUUCAUUCCUAGCUGCUACCCCUGAUGGUAAAAUUUGUUUGGAUGGUCAAACUGGAGUUUUAGAGAUAAAAUGUCCAUUUUCUGUGAGAAACCUUCUCAUUUCAGAAGCUGUACAAUUGCCAAAUUUUUGCCUACAGGCAUCUGGUGACUCUUACCAAUUGAAAAAAAAUCAUGAUUAUUUUUUCCAAAUCCAGGGCCAAUUAAUGGUGACAGGUACAUCUUUCUGUAUAUUUGUUGUCUAUACUAAGAAAGAUUUAUUUAUUGAAAAAAUACCAAGAGAUCCUAGUUUCAUGAAAGAGAUGUUUGACAAACUUGCUAACUUCUUCCUGGAGCAUGCUUUGAGUAAAGUAGAUUGUGCAUCAGCUUGAUAGUUCAUCUCAAUGUUGCAUAAAGAUUCAUUGAUUCUGAUGUAUGUAUCAAUUAUAAAGAAAUGAU